AUUCAGCUUUUUCUGCAUUUGCCUUAUCUACGUAUAAGCUGAAUGAAAAUAGACAGCUUUUCCUACACUAUCGAAUUCGUGUGUUGUUGACAGCAUUAAGUCUUUACUUAUGUUGUUAUAUACGUUUUAGACUAUAACAAUUUACAACUUACUUAUAGUACAAUUAGUAAUUGUUGUAAAAGGUUGGGGUCAGUGCACAUGGAAAAUUAACCAUUUUAACAAUUGACCAGUAGAUUAAUAUAUAUAUAUAAAUUUAUUUUCUUUUAUGUUGUCACAAUGAAAUUGCUAGUUGGAACGUUUAUCUAGUUUUAGUUAGUUCAGCUCUUAUUGGGCGUGGGUAUUUGGAUAUAAUGGGUGGCGAUUUUUUGUUUGGUGGGGAGGAGGAGGCUGCAAGAUUACUAGGAGGCAAAGAUAAGGCGUAUUACGGAACGUACGGCGAUGACAAGACCAGUGCCAGCAGUUCAAGGGUGAGGCGUAUGAUGGAGGAGGAGACAAAGGAAGUAAAGAAGAUUUCAAUUUCAACCCUGUUUAGAUAUGCGACGUACCGAGAUAAGUGGUUUAUCGGUAUUGGCACGGUUUUUGCAGUCCUUCAUGGCGCUGGGUUCCCACUUUUAGCUCUCAUCUUCGGAAACAUGACGGACACAUUUAUUCGGCAAUCGUUAUAUGGUUUCACAAAUGAUAGCGACGUUAGUGGAACUCAGGACUCAUCAACGAUGACAACCCCAUUUUUCAAUUUUAUGACCUCAGCCGAUGGUAGUAUUGAUUACGACACAGAUUCUCAUACUGAAGCAGCCAACAAUUCAACUGCUGGAAUCAGCAAACUUUCAUUUGAACAACUCAUGAAUGAAUUCACAAUUUAUUACAUUGGAGUGGGUAUCGUUGUCCUGAUUUCGUCUUUUAUUCAGGCUGUUUGUUGGGAAAGCUCAUGUGAGCGUCAAGCUUACCGUCUUCGGCAAGAAUUUUUCUAUCAAGUUCUUCAUCAAGAAAUCGCCUGGUUUGAUGAUCACCAAACUGGCGAUUUAGCCAUAAAGUUGUCAGAUGAUCUGGAAAGAAUUAGAGAAGGGAUUGGGCAUAAAUUUAGUAUGAUCAUCCAAUAUGGAUCAACAUUUGUGAUGGGGCUGGUAGUAGGAUUUUUGACCUCUUGUCGUUUGACUCUGGUAAUCUUGUCCCUCACACCUGUUCUAGCUGGGACCACAGCUUUUUGUGGAAAGCUUAUUGCAACACAAUCCGUCAGAGAACAGCAAAAGUAUGGGAAAGCUGGAGGGGUCGCAGAGGAGGUCUUGUCUUGCAUCAAAACGAUCGCAAGUUUCGGGGGAGAGAAAAGAGAAAUUUUAAGAUACUCGAUAGCUUUAUCUGCUGGUCUGGAGGUGGCACUGAAAAAAUACAAGGUAUUUGCCGUAGCCAUCGGAGCGGUAUUCUUUCUCAUGUAUGGAUCCUACGCCCUCGCGUUUUGGUAUGGAUGUCAAUUGUUAGAUCAAGGAUUUCUCACUCCAGGGGACAUUUUUACGGUGUUCUUUAGCGUGCUCCUUGGUGCUUUCUCUUUAGGGAAUGCUAUUCCAUUCUUGUCAACUAUCGGAAUGGCCCAGGCGUGCGGAGGCAUUAUUUUUAAUAUUAUUGACACGCAGCCAUAUAUCGAUGCAUAUUCUAACGCCGGGAUAAUUCCAGACAAGUUGACAGGACACAUCGAAUUUAGGGAUGUGGGGUUUCGCUACCCCUCAAGGAAAACUGUCAAAAUCUUAACCAACUUUAACCUCGACAUUGAACCAGGAAGGAAAAUAGCGAUCGUGGGCCUUAGUGGGUCAGGAAAAAGCACAAUAGCGAAUUUAAUAUUGAGAUUCUACGAUCCGAACCAAGGAUCAGUGCUCAUUGAUGGAAAUGACUUGAAAGCGCUAAAUCUUUCAUGGUUUCGCCAUCAUGUCGGCUACGUAUCUCAGGAACCUGUGCUCUUUGGAAUUUCUAUUUAUGAAAAUAUUCGAUAUGGUCGAGAAGACGUCGGCAAGGGGGAUAUUAUCCACGCAGCAAAAAUGGCAUACGCUCAUGAUUUCAUAUCACAGUUGCCACAAGGAUAUGAGACGCUAUGUGGAGAAAGAGGCAGUCAAUUGAGCGCUGGGCAGAAGCAGCGAAUUGCAAUUGCUCGUGCACUAGUUCGCGAUCCCAAAAUUUUGGUGCUGGAUGAAGCUACAUCCUCUCUCGAUUCGAGGUCUGAGGCUGUGGUUCAAGCAGCAUUGGACCUUGCUGCAAGAGGUCGGACGACAAUCAUAAUUGCUCAUAGGUUGAGCAGUGUGAAGGACUGUGAUGUUAUAUAUGUCAUCAAGGAUGGUCACAUCAUGGAAAGUGGAACACAUUAUCAAUUAAUGUCCUGUGAAGCGUUGUACCACGACCUGGUCAUGGCUCAAACUACCGUCGUCGAAGAUGAGUACAUCAGUCAGAGCGCGGAUGAGUCUGGUGCAUGGGAAGAGUCAUCCAAAGAGCUAAGCGUAUUGCUUGCAUGCAAUCAGCUCGACAGUUACAGGCGUGUCAAGAGAAAGCAAAGAAAAAACUUUCGGAAAAGAAAGAUAAUUCUUCCGGAUCCGGAUCGUGAUAGAUUGGUUAAAGAAGCAGAAGAAUUGAACGUGGAACUUCCAAGUAUUAUGAAAAUCUUGCGAGUAAAUAAACCUGAGUGGUUUCAUCUGAUGAUCGGAAGUCUGGGGUGUGCCUUGACUGGAAUAGUAAUGCCUGUUUUUGCAUUUUUUUAUUCGCAGAUGUUUGAGACGUUCGGAAAAAAAGGAAGUCAGUUAAUUGACGAUGCGGUUUUUUGGAGUCUCGGAUUUCUAAUUUUGGCUGCGGUUAGCUUCGUUGGCUAUUUCAUUAGGACCAUUUUUGUAGCAACUGCAGGAGAGCAUUUGACUAUGCGACUACGCCUACAUUCUUUUGCUAACGUUGUUCGUAUGCCCAUGAGUUGGUUUGACAAAGAGUGUAAUAGCCCUUCUAGAAUUUCAACUCGUUUGGCAAGAGAUGCGCCCAUGGUCAAAGCCGCGGCUGGACAUCGCUUGGCUGUUACAUUAAGCUCGUUCGUGACGGUAACAGCGGCGAUUUUUAUUUCGUUUUAUUUUGGAUGGCAGCUAGCUCUUGUAAUUCUUGGGGGAUUUCCAAUCCUCAUGUUUUCCGGUUAUGUUCAAGUACAAGUUCAGAAAAGUGGUCAAAAAAAGGACGCAGCAAUGAUGGAAGAUGCUGGACGGUGUGCAAAUGAGGCCAUUGCAAAUGUAAGAACCGUUCAGUCAAUCGGACUUGAAAGCAUCUUUUGUACAAAGUAUUUUGAGCUGUUAUAUCCCAUGUACAUAGAAGCGCAUCGUCAAGCGUUAAUUUACGGCACCGCGUUUGCUUUUUCAGAGGCAGUAGUUUUUAUAAUUUACGCAGCCAGUUUCAGAUAUGGGGCCUACUUGAUUUCGAUUGACUUAAUGUCGUCGAGUAGCGUUUACCGAGUAUUUUUCGCAAUUGCAUUUUGUGCAGUCUCAGUGGGGCAAGCAACAAGCUUCAUUCCUGAUUACAACAAAGCCAAACUUGCUGCUGGUCUUAUUUUCCAUUUGAUUGAAGAGAAAUCAAAAAUAGAUCCGUUCAAUGCGGGCGGAUUAAGGCCGGGGUUAAAGGGACAAAUUUCGUUCUCAGACGUACACUUUCGGUAUCCAAUGCGGCCAGAUACUCACGUAUUGCGUGGCUUGUCAUUUUGUGUGGAGCCUGGACAGACGCUGGCCCUUACUGGUCCCUCAGGUUGCGGAAAAUCGACUGUCGUAUCGCUCCUGGAGAGAUUUUAUGAUGUUGUAGGAGGACAUGUGAUGGUUGACGGAUAUGACGUUCGGUCUCUUAACAUUGAACAUUUAAGAGCUCACAUUGGGUUUGUGACGCAGGACCCUGUGAUUUUUGAUUGUUCGAUUAAAGAAAAUAUUGCGUACGGUUACGGGGGCUCAAGCGUUCCUGAUGAAUUAGUCGUGGAAGUAGCAAAGUUAGCUAAUAUACAUAACUUCAUUACAAGCCUACCAAAUGGGUACGAAACCCAAGCGGGGGAACGCGGCGAUCAAUUGUCGGGCGGAGAAAGACAGAGAAUUGCCAUUGCCCGAGCAUUGUUGAGGGACCCAAAAAUUCUCAUCCUUGACGAGCCCACGUCCAAUCUAGACACGGAGAACGAAAAAAUAGUACAAGACGCCUUAGACAAGGCUCGUGCUGGAAGGACCUGCAUCAUUAUAGCACACAGGUUAUCAACAGUUCAAAAUGCGGACUGCAUCGCCGUCAUCAGUCAAGGGCGUGUGGUGGAAAUGGGGUCUCAUGAUCAACUUAAAAACGCAAAAGGCAUGUAUUAUAGGCUCACAAAGAACCAACACAUUAUUUAUUAGAUAAAGUUUAAAUAAUAAAAUCCGUCACAUGAUGGC